AAUUUCCUCGCAGUUUAGACACAAUGCUCUGGACAAAUCAAAUUAUUUCUCGCCCUAUGGAGAACUUUUUACGGUUCAUAAGCGCUUGGCCCGGCACAAGCAAUGCAUUCCUAUUUCCUUCAUAUGCUAUCCUUAUGCUUUUGAGUUUCAUUGCAGAAAUUGGUGAUGCGUGUUUGGUUAUAGAAAAUUUAAAAAUGUUCGUACACACUAUUAGUCAUUCCUUGAUAAUUUCACUAGUUUUCCUCAAAACGACUAUCUUCUGGCUGCAGCGAGGGUGUGCGAAGGAGAUUUUGAGCGAGAUGCUUUAUGAUUGGUGUAGCAUCAAGAAUCCUGAAGAGAGAAUAAUAAUGAAGAAAUACGUUAACAUUUCUCAUAAGAUCUAUAUGGCAUCCAGUACUAUUAACGUUCUCAGCCUUUGCACUUAUAUUGGUACUUUUGUUCGAUCAUGCUUAGCUGAAUCUGUCGAAGAUAGAAAAUUUCCACUUCCAUCAAGAUUUCCAUUUCCUAGCAAAAUCUCUCCAAUUUUUGAGGUAUUGUGCCUUCUACAGCUUCUUAUACUUGGCCUUAGUGCAACCUUAUGCGGUGCUUUGGAUUCAUUCUUCUUAGCGAUGAUUUUACACACUAGUACUAAGAUUGAAAUAGUACGACUUGAAUUAAAACGCUUUGUGGAAGACAAAUUAAAAUCGCAGAAUAAAUCUUUGGCAUCGAAUACAAAAAACGCAGCAAAAUUAUUGAUUGACAAACAUCAGAACAUGAUCGACUUUGCGGAAAAGAUCAACCAAGUUUAUUCCAAUAAUGUACUUGUUCAUUUCACGUUUUGUAUGAUACAAAUAAGUUUCACGUCAUAUGAAAUUUUGACAAUGCUAGAGACUAACCGCAAAACAGUUUUGAAACUUAUUAUAAUCCUUAAUAAUCAAAUUGCGGUGAUUGGAGCUUUUUGCGCUAUCGGCGAACUCGUGCGCUCAAAGAGUUUGUCAAUCGCGGAUGAGGCUUAUUCAUUUCCUUGGUAUAAUUUAAAAACGGAUGAUUGUAGAACUAUAAUGAUGUUGAUUCGAAGAGCGCAUAUACCAAUAUCAAUAACAGCCGGCAAAUUCGUAAUUUUGUCGAUCGCCAGUUUUAUGCAACUUCUAAAGGCAACUUUUUCCUACCUAUCUGUACUUCGAACAAUACAGCAGUGAAUCAAAUGUGAUACUUAUAUAAAGUAGUAGUAUAUGUAUAUAUAUGCAAUAUCAACAAAUAUUUCGUUGUAAAUAAGCU